AUGGCAACAACUUGGACUGAGACAGCACCAGGCGUGUACGAAGCCAGCCUGGAUGGUGCAGAAACUGUCUACCGCAAGACCGCAACUGUAUUUGCUCCGCUCCAACGGGAGCACUGGAGAUUGCACACAAUCUGUCGCUUCAGUUUCGGACCUGGUUACAAUGGACCAGCCGACAAGGAAGUUGCUCUACGUCAGGCAUGGAGAGCCCUUCGAUAUGAGUUCCCCGGCCUGAUCGUGGCACCGGAGGACGGAUUCAAGAAAAUGUACAAGACUCCCGACGCCGAGUCGACGCAGAAAUGGUUAGACGAGACAUUCUUUGUAGAAACAAAGAGGACAGCAGAUGAGGUCAUCUCUCAAGCCGUGCCUCUGCAGGAGGUACCAAGUCUGUACUACCUCCCUGCAACGUCGGAGAUUCUGUUCUUCAUCUCGCACUGGCGCAUCGAUGCGAUGGGAUCAUGGAUGGUCACCGACCGCUUUUUCCAUCACCUCGCCAAUCCAUCCAAAGAGGAGUUGCCAGAUGUGCCACCUGCUAAUGAGAUCAACAAGAUUUCACCGAGCUUAGAAGAUGCAGCAGGAUCCCCCAAGGUGUCCACCCCAGAGAUGGACAAAGUGGCUGCCGACCACAUUGCUGCGCAUCACCGAAACGCCAUUCAGAUGGGUGGCAUGCCCUACAAGGGAAAUGCAACGACGCUUCCAGCAAGCCCGAAGCGUGAGGCUCUUAUCCUUACCCCGGAAAGUACUCAGAAAGCGGUUGCCGCAUGUAAGGCGCGCAAUAUCACGGUGACGGCUGCUAUUCACGCGGCUCUUGCCGAGACCGUCUUUGCUAUGGGCUUGCCCGAAUCGCGAGAGAACGAUUACGUCACUGUCAUGCCAGUCAACUUGCGUAACUACCUCAAACCACCUUACAACGGGGAUGGACAUGCAUUGCAAACCUAUGCCGGCAGUAUCACACCCCGAGUUCCUCGACACGCUACCUUUGCCGAACGAACAUCAUACCUGGUCGAGUAUUACAAAACGCGAUAUGACCCGAAGCUUAUUGAGUGUUUGCGACCGAUCUACAAGUACCAUGCCGACGCCCUUUUCAAGCCAAUGCCGGCACCGGCACCGGCAACAGCCCCGAGCACCAAUGGGAACACGCGUCCCCCUCCCGGUCCUCCCAGCGGUAUUUCCAUUAACAGUCUCGGGGUGGUGGAAAAGUAUUUCGCAGGAAGAUAUGGCGAGUCCGUAGACGUCGCGACAUUCACGUUUGGAGUCAGUAUGAUUACGCGUCAGACCAUGCUAUACGCGUGGACGUGGAAGGGCCAAUUGACGUUGUCCAGCGAGUACAAUGCCGCGUUCCACGACCCGGAGGAGGUGCGAGACGUGAUGCUGUCGAUCAAACACGUGCUAGAGAAGGAAUUAGGCAUCAACCUAGAUGAGGUGCCACGGUAG